CAUCGAAGAGGGAAGGAGUAGUUGUUUUGGAAUGUCUCGAUAGAAGUGUCUUUCUACAAAAAAUCUAAAGAGUUAUCGAAAUUUGUCAAAAAUGGGCUGUUGCCGAGGGAGGAAUAUCCUCUUGUUUCUAUUAGUUCUUCAGCUGGUAAGUACAGUUUGUGUGCGAGACAUUAGUUGGCUUUUUUCGGUAUACCUCUCGCGGUGUUAACAUUGGGCUUAUCACGGGCUUAGUUUAAGAACCUUCAACAAUAAUAAACAUUGAUCAAUCGGCGGUAUACAGCUAACGACAAUUCUCGUUAUGGUGUUUUUAUUUCAGCUUGUGGUCCUAGAGCGGCAAGUGUUUGAUUUUCUGGGCUUCAUGUGGGCUCCCAUAAUCGCGAACUUCAUUCACAUCGCGUUUCUAAUCGUCGGGAUAUUCGGUGUACUACAGUAUCGCUCACCAUACGUUGUAACGGUAGGAAGUCUGUGCUUUUAUUAUUGGUUAUUUCACCUACAAAAAAUGUCCUCUUUGGUAAAAUUAGUGUCCAUACCUUACUUGGUGUUUAAAAUGACGUGUAUUCUCUAAACACGUUUUUUUAAAAAGAAUUUAAUACGCUGUUACAAAUGAUACGAUUUACUCAACGUGAGCUCUAACCGCUUGCUGACCGAUCGAAUAUUUGACAUUUGAAUAGAACUUACAUUUGUGUAAAUAUUGAGCUUUCCCUGUCGCAGGUAACCGAAAUCAGUCUCUGUUGGUUUUGUUUAUUAGGUUUAGUUAGUUAUGCGUAAAAUGAUUCAGCAAUUCCAUUUUUACAAAUGAAAAAUAUUGUAAGGUUAAUGACCGCUUCAACCCACUUGCUCAAGAGUGAUGAAUAAGGAAGCCCGGAAAAGGGAAAAAUAUUGCUUUUCUCGUUGAAUUUCAUUGCACUGUCUGUUGUAUGUUCUUUGUCUUACUCUUGAAAAUAUUUUAAGUAAGUGAGAAGAAAAUGACACUUACAGUCAUUAAACAAUUAAAGUUGUUAACUGUCACUUCUGCUGAAUGGCAUGUUAUGUAAAAUUAUUUGCAUGGUUUCAGUUUUGUUAACUCAUGUGUAAAUUAAAGACUGACAUGACAUCAUGCUUGUCUCCCACGCCACAGGUCUUAUUUUACUACGUUGUAUUUAGUUUUUGAUAUGGGUCCAUGAGUCACAUUGCAUAAUAUAAAGUGGCUGAUAAUUGUCAUGUUGUUACUAGUGAAUAAUUAGAAACAUAAAAAUCAGAAAAAGCAGUCUUAGAACAGUCAUAUUGUUUAGUUAGGCAAGUAGCACUGUAUUCAGAUUCGUUAAAAUUUGUGGAAGUGUACGAAAGAUCUAUAAAAAACGUAUGAUUGAAAGGUGCCAUAUAUGUACCUGGAAAAUAUUGUGAUUCAGAAAAUUAGUUUGCUUGAAAACUUGAAAGCUUUUGUGGUAAGACUCAAGUCUUGGUAUGUGCUUUUCUUUACAUCUUGGAGUCUCAAAUGGUUCCAGGUAAUUACAUAUAGGUGUGAAUAAUGUCUUAUUAUUAAUUAAUACCAUGAUCUUGGGCGUCUCAGCAAGUCUCAGAUUGAAUCAAUGUUUGCCACCCCUCUUGAUCUCAGUUGACACUGGAACAUGAUCUCUCCUGUAGCUCCAGAGUACUCACUUUGUCUGUCCAUUUUUGAGUGGAAGCUAAGCAGUAGCCCUUAGUAAUCCUUUUCUUCUAAAAGCAGUAUCACUGUAAUUGGCACCCAGGUAACACCUCUAUCUUUGAAACUCAAGCAAAAGUGUCUUCAGUUUGCUGGUCAUUACUAUCGGGGCAGAUAAUCUCGCAUUCUUUGGUGCACAGUGGGCAGAGUGCACUCACGUAAGCUGACAUACCCUAGCUGAUGAUUGCUCGGGAUUCAUGCUUUUGAUACAAUGUACCAGGGACCUGAGCUCAUGGAUGGCGAAUCGUGGUGUUUGGGAAGAAAUCUUCAGGAAUGUCCCAUCCACUUCUGUGGUUGAAGGAAGACGAUGAUGAUGUAAGGGACCCAAGCAGCGUGCAAAGAAAGUCGUUUCCAAUAGCCCGAGGCUAGUGGAUUUUGCUAUCUGGCUAGUGAUUUUUGUUCUUAACAAGUGCUUUUUUUCAGGGGAAUUCAAAUUACAGAAGGAUUGUAAUCAAUCCUGCUAAUCAAAAAGGGUGUUGGGGCUAGUUGAAAUUACUUGUGGGCUAGUACAUGGUAGCUACAACUUUCCCGAAUGGCAGGCUGUAAAACUGACUUUUCUUUGCACAGUGCCAAGUCAUAGUUUUUCAAACUCACUUUAUCAGUCACUUGUCUUACACCAUACAAAUUUACCUUGUGAGUUGGUGCAAUCUGAACUCUGAAGGGAAACAAAAAACAGUUCAAGUUACCAGGAAUUCAAGUUAUCGGGGUAAAUUUCAGUGAAAUUUUGAUUAAGGGAAAGGCAAUUUAGUUCGAGUUAGACUGUAUCCGAGUUCGAGUUAUCGGGGUUCUACUAUAUAGAUAAUUAUGUGUUUGCCCUUUGAAGGGAACAAAUUAAAAAAUAACUGCAUUGACAAACAUGAAAGCAGAUUGGAAGUCAGUGGUACAACACUAAAUAGACAAUUAAGCAAUGUCCUAAACUUACAAAUCAGCCCUUGUGCAAAACAAUCUUAGAAUGUUACAACUGAACCAGGAGCUGAAGGGGAAGAUGCACGUCAUUUGCCAUCUUCUGGAGGAUGCUUAGACGAUGAAGAUGGGCAAAGAAGCAUGCAAUAAGAGCCAGAGCAGGAGGAGCAGUAGUGCUUGAGCAACAGAUGGAGAGAGGAGGAGUCAAUUGCCCCCUGUUCCAGGAAUUGCAAACCCCUGAUGAGCCCACAGGUUCCCAGUCAGGAGAAUCAUUUGAUAAGGAUGUAUGAGUAGGGGUAUCAGCGGCUUAGAAUUAAUUAAACAGUUGAACAUUCAUGCAUGGCCAGUCCAUGAGGUUGGUGACUGCCCCCGGCUCACGUAAGGCCUUAUCAUAGGCCAGCCAUACUUAACCGAUAACAUGCUGGUGUGUGCAGAGGAUGAGAAGUUGGUAUAAUUGCAAUGAAUCACUCCAGCCUUGAGGGAAAUGGGUUACUACUGUAAGACCGACCAGGCUGCAAUGUCCUCAAUUCGGGGACACAUUUUUUUUGGCUGCAUUGUCCAAACCAAAUGAUUAUUGAGGAGAAGCUGUGGCUCAUGCUCUUUAAGCUGCAGUUUUGCAGGCAAUGGAUUGCACAGAUUGACGUACUUACCAACAACCUGUGAAACAAGUUUUGCUGGAACUGGGGACCGGCCUGGCCCAUCAACAAAAGGCUGAUCAUUUCGGGUCAGAGCAGAAGGGGUAAGCAUGCUUGACGCUGCUGUGAGACGAUCCAGACCAUCUUCAGGCCCACCUGUAGAUGGCUGUGUAAAUGAAGAUGGCAACAUGAUUCACAGGAAUGAUGCCAGUGGCAAUUUAAUCACUUCCAGAGGUCAGAGUAGACGACAAACUGUGGCCUGUUUGGCCACCAUAGCAUAUAUAUUGGACUGUUUGUGGGAUUAAGGUUGCCACCUCCAGAGAACCAGAGGUUGCAUCAGCCUGUGCUGGAACAGAUCCAUCGAUGGAGGUUGAAGUCCUGUGGCAUGGGUUCAGCUGAGGAAACAGGCAAGGCCUUGAAUGGUGACUGUAAACUGUUACUGGUCGAAUGGGAAGUAGCAGUAGAUUGACAACGAGCAUGUGUACAGCUCUGCAACAAAACAACAGCGAUUCAACUACAGCACAAACAGCUAAAGUGACUACAUGCAAAGGCAACGUAAGCGAAAUGAUUGAGCUUAGUGAAAGUACUGUAAAAUUUCUAGAGCUCUGUAAUUGCCUCAAGACCACCCCAUAUAUGAUUAUUAAUGGAGACUGCUGGUCAGUAUUGUCUUGUGAUUAACCAUGCCUAAAUUACAUUUAGCCUCAUAAAAUAAAGUCAGCUUGACUUUUUAUUGCACCAAGCAAUCUAAGCAUGAUGUAAAUUUCACCGACAUCUGCUUAAGAAAAUAUACGUGUAGAUCAAAAGAAUUUUGCGUUCAUAUAGUGAUUUUAAAUAGUGGUAUAACAGUGUAGAGGGCAUAGUAGUGUGGUAGGGGAAGCUUUAUAAAUGUGAUUGUUAUGGAAGGGCAGCUUAACGGAAGAUAGGGAGCUUCUUAGAGGUUACAGUAUCUACCAAUUGUCAUUCUAUUUGGAUGUGAUAGAAGUAUUAAGACAGAAUCCAUCAGGAAAUUAAGUAAUUUCAAUUUUCAGUAGACAAAAUCCUUGUACCAGAAUAAUUUGAACAAUACCACAUUCGUUUUUACACUUUUCAAGGGCUAUAGAUAUAAUUAGUUAUCUGUAAUAACACCAAAGAUUAUUUCUCAUGAGAGCCCAAAAAAAUAAAUGUCAAAUUUCCAAGGAUUUUUAAAACACAGGUAAAAUUCUGAAAGUUUCAUGUGUAUGAUAUCAUUUUUUUGAAAUUUGUACAUUUAUUUUGUUGGGCUCUCAUAAGCAAUUUUCCUUAGUUUUAUUACAGAUAAAUAAUUACAUCUAUAGCUCUUGAAAAAUGUAAAAAAUUUAAUGCAAUAUUGUUGAAAUUAUUCUGGUACAAGGUUUUUGUCCACUGAAAAUUAAAAUUACCCAACUUGCUGAUGGAUUCUGUCUUAAUGAAUAUUGUUUAUAAUUCUGAUUUUUUCUUUGUAGUAUUCAGUAUGGUGCCUUAUUUGGUUUGGAAUCAACCUGUUUAUAAUGGCCUUAUACUUGGAGGUUGACAAGGUUACUCAUGUAAGUAAAGUUAUUAAAAAUUAGUACAGAUUAAAACUUAAAGGAGUGGAUUUGACUGGUCUAGAUCCCUUGCGCUCUCUCAUUUGGCAAGUUUAUGAUGAUGUCAUUCACCCCUGUCAAACUGUUGGGAAGUCAGAUUUGUGUGGAAGGUAUUUGAAAGGACUUUAUACACGUUAUACAAUGUUCAAGCUUGUAUGAUAUGUAUAAUAUGAUAUUAACAAAAAUCAUGCACAUGAAUGUUUUCUAAUUGAAGUAAAACAGGAGUGUAGCUGAGAAGUGGCUGCUGGUAAAUUUCUCUGGCUGAAAAUGAGCUUACAUAUUUACCACCAGCUAAAAUUGCUCUUGAAAAGAAAGACUUUGGGUAAUUUAAAGGUGCUGUUACAUAAAGAGCCAAUUUGACUAAUAGAUAAACCUGCUUAGCUUUUCCCUAGCUUCAUCGCUGAUAAACUAGUAUCACUAUUCUUCACUAGAGCUAUUUUUCUCCUUUUUUGAUUGGUGUACCUUUUAGAAGGAUGAUUGGUUGAGCUUAAGCACAGGCCAUCAAAGUUUCUGGUCAGAGAAUGGUAUUGGAUGCAAGACAGUAACAGCAAAUGUGAAUGAUGGAGCAACUGAGGCAUCAAAAAUUGAGGGAUGCCUUCUUGACUUUGAGGUUAGUACAUGUAUCUUAACCCCCAAUAAGCCACACAUGUAGAUAAUGCCCCAUUCACACGACCAUGAUAACAUGGUAAGUUAAACCAGGUUUAACAAAAUGAAAAUCAGUCAAAGAUAAUUAAAGGACUGGCUUCUUACAUGGGAUUCAAGUCAGUUUUCAGUUGCACCAAAUUAAUUAUUAGACUGUCAACAAAAAGGUGUAAAUAGCCUUUAUAAUGAAAACAGUAAUUACAACCGUGUUUAUAAACUAGUGGUAAACUUCAGCUUUUUAGACUACAAGUAGUCCCCCAUUUUUCUUCAGGGAUAGUAGAGCGAUCAAAACGCAAGAAAUCACCCCAUGUGAGAAAAGGUGACACGCGGCGGGGAGAGAGAAAAAUGAGGGACUACAGACAAAGCCCAAGCUCUUUUCCCUUCACCGCAGACCGACUCGUUCUCUAGCAGCUUUUAAACAUGUUUAAGCUUUGGUGGGAAUGGGGAAUUACAACACUUCUAAAUGGCAACAGGCUUUACAUUUACGUGCUGUGAUAACAUCAUGUGUGGCUUUGUUUUCGUUAUUUAUCAUCAUCAUCAUCCUUGUAAUUAGUCAAAGACGCUUGGUGUGCACAUUGUUCUAGGCAUCUCCUCUUUCACGAAGGACUAGUUAUUGAUUAUUAUGACAAAAUCAUGUACAAUAUAUUAUAUUGUUAGUAUCAAUUAAGUAGUAAUGUGAUCAUUAUUUUAAUUGAUUUUCAGUUUGUGGAAUCAAUACAGUCUGGGGCUGAAUGUGUACUUGCUGUAAGUGCAAAAGUUUAAAUCUCAUUGGUAAAAACUCUCUUCUGUAGAUUACACACACUACACCACAAUCACAUGUAUGACUCAAAUUGAAUUCUGCCAGGUUAAUCUAAUUGAGUGACCAUCAUUGUCCUCUCCUAAGCAAAGUGUUAACUGACAAGCAUUUAAUUACACCAGGCAAACAAACUGUAAGGGCGCUUCAUCCAAAGGACAAACUGGAAUUCGUUUUUGUUUUUUUAAGCCCUGUUUUUAUGUUUUACUUAACUAAAUUUUUCUCGCCAUUGUUCAGUUUGCAGGUUUCUGGUUAGGCUGCUGGGUGGCAAGAACAUUUACAGAGGAGGAUGAUCAUUGUAAGAACAUGAAAUUCCUCUCAGAAGAUGUAUUUUGUUUUCAUGCUAGAAAUUAUUUUAUAGUUAACUAACCACUGUUCUUUUUUUUGUUGUUGUUGUUGUUGCAGUUGAUUUUAUUGGAGGUUUUGAUUAUAACUCUGCUCACCAACCACCUACAAAAUCUUCCCGAAUGCAGAUGCAGCCUCUGUAA